AUGUCGGAUUGCCCCAACGUCACUGAAACAAAACAGAACCGUGUUCUUACAGAAAUGGACUGGAAGGAAAAAUGGAAAACCAGACAAAUUGGAUUUCAUGUAAAGGAUGUACAUCCGUUAUUUGAAGAAUUCCUAAAUGAAAUGAUAAGUGGCAAGGAGAAGCUCAACAUUUUCUUUCCUCUAUGUGGAAAAGCAGUGGAUAUGAAAUGGUUGGCCGAUAUGGGACAUAACAUCGUUGGGGCUGAUGUCUGCGAAUUGGGAUUAAAGGAAUUUUUUGAAGAGCAAAACAUUCCCUAUGUUGAAGAAUCAGUAACAGAGAUACCUGGGGCAAAAGUUUACAAGAGCACGUCUGGAAACAUUUCACUUUACUGCUGUAACAUAUAUGACAUUUCUGACUCAGUCAUUGGACAGUUUGAUGGAAUAUGGGACAGAGGCGCACUGGUCGCUGUUAACCCAUGUGAAAGGGAACGGUCUGUAAUAGUAAUAAUUAUAAAUGUUAUAUAA